GUGGCGAAGGCGUACGACCACGCGGAGAACGAGUACGUCGCGAUAAAGAUCAUCAAGAACAAGAAGCCGUUCCUCGAGCAGGCCAAGAUAGAGGUGCAGCUGCUGGAGCUAAUGAACAAGCACGACGUAGACUGCAAGUACUACAUAGGUACGUACAUACGUACGUGUGUGAAACUGAAGCGACACUUCAUCUAUCCGCAACCACCUUGUCUCGUCUUACGAGCUGUCUCCUACAACCUGCACGACCUGCCUGCGCAAACACGACUUCCGCGGCCGUCGUCUCGCCUCAACUUGACCGCGCAAUUUUGCCAGCAGCUCUGCACGGCGCUGUCUUCCUUCGCGACGCCGGAGCUAAGCAUCCACUGCGACCUGAAGCCCGAGAACAUCCUGCUGUGCAACCCCAAGCGCAGCGCCACUCAGAUCGUAGGACUCGGCCAAGCUCCUGCCACUCCUUGCCAGCCUGGGCAACGGAUAUACCAGUACAUUCAGAGUCGGUUCUACCGGUCUCCUGAGGUGCUGCUGGGACUGUCGUACGACCUGGCGAUCGACAUGUGGAGUCUCGGCUGCAUACUGAUAGAGAUGCACACAGGAGAGCCNGGGGUGGAUCACAGACG